AUGCUCGGCGACACGAUCCUGAGCGAGUGCUCCACGCCGCCCCAGACCCGGCUAGCUCACAAGCCUCCGCCUGCGCCGCUGCGAGAGCACCGACUGGCGUGGCGGAUGGAUGGGCCGUUGCCUGAUCUGGUGCCUGCUCCAGCUUCGGCGCCGGCGGCAAGCUCGACUGCCGCUGGUCACCUCGCGUCGCAGCGGGUCCUGCGCCCGCGCCUGAGCAACUGGGAACCCGCCUCCCGGACCCGGUCGUCGCUCCUAUCGCACUCGGUCUCGCACGACUCCCUGGCUGAGUGCUCGGGCUGA